ACCAAACAAAUCAUGGGUAAAACACAGAAGAAGAACUCCAAAGGUCGUUUAGAUAGAUACUAUUUCUUGGCCAAGGAAAAGGGGUACCGUGCGCGUUCCUCGUUUAAGAUUAUCCAAAUUAACGAGAAGUAUGGUCAUUUCUUAGAGAAAUCCAAGGUAGUCAUUGACUUGUGUGCUGCACCAGGUUCUUGGUGUCAAGUUGCAUCUCAGUUGUGUCCUAUCAACUCGUUGAUUAUUGGUGUUGAUAUCGUUCCUAUCAAGCCUAUGCCUAACUGUAUUACAUUCCAGUCUGAUAUCACCACUGAAGAUUGUCGUUCUCGUUUGCGUGGUCAUAUGAAGACUUGGAAGGCUGACACCGUUCUCCAUGAUGGUGCUCCUAACGUUGGUAUGGGUUGGGUUCAAGAUUCUUUCACUCAAUCUCAAUUAACCUUGCAAGCCUUGAAGUUGGCUGUGGAAAACUUAACUCCAGGUGGUACUUUUGUUACAAAGAUUUUCCGUUCUCGUGAUUAUAAUAAUUUGAUGUGGAUUUUCCAACAAUUAUUCGAUAAAGUUGAAGCUACUAAGCCACCAGCUUCUCGUAAUGUUUCCGCUGAAAUCUUUGUGGUUUGUAAAGGUUUCAAGGCACCAAAGAAGAUGGAUCCAAGAUUAUUGGAUCCAAAGGAAGUUUUCGAAGAAUUAGCACCAGCCACCGUGAAUAAUGAAUCCAAGGUUUUCAACCCAGAGAAGAAGGUUAGAAAGAGAGAUGGUUAUGCUGAAGGUGAUUAUUUAUUAUAUCACACCAUGCCAUUGCUUGAGUUUGUGCGGAAUGAAGAACCAAUCAAUACUUUGGGGACUUUGAAUAAGCUUGUAGAGCCAGAAAAGGAUGAUCAUGAAUGGAAGAUCUGUCGUAAGUUGAAAGGAUGUACUCCAGAACUUUUAGAAUGUAUUAAAGAUUUGAAAGUGUUGGGUAAAAAGGAUUUCAAGCUUAUUUUGAAGUUCCGUAAGCAAGCUAGAGAUUUACUUGGAUUAGAUGAAGAAGAAGUUAAGCAAGAAAUCGAGGUUGAACCAUUGACUGAAGAUCAACAAAUUGAUAAGGAAUUACAACAACUUUCUGAUAAACAAAAGCAAAAGAAUAAGAGACUUAAGAAGAAUUCCAAUGAAGCCAAACAAAAGGAAAUCCAAAGAAUGCAAAUGAGUAUGUUGACCGAUAUGAACAUAGGUAUUGAAGCAGCACAAUUGGGAUCUGAAUCCUUGUUUAACUUGAAGUUGGCAGAAAAGAGUGGUAAGCUUGAUGACUUGGCUCGUGGUAAGAAGAAGAUGAUUUUCAACAGUGAAGACUUGUUAAGAGAUAAUGAUAUACACAUUGAUGAAGACGCUGAAAGAGGAGAAGGAGACCUGGAAAAUGAAUUGGAUGAAUUGGAAGCACAAUUAGAUGAUAUGUACAGUACUUAUCAAGAAAGAAGAGCUGAAAGAGAUGCCAAUUACCGUGCUAAGAAGUUGCGUGGAGAUGUUGAUGAUGAAAAAUGGGAAGGUAUCAAGUCUGACGAAGAAGAUGAAGGUGAAGAAAAGGAUUACGAUAUGGAAGUUGAUAGUGACAGUGAUUCUGACGAUGAUGAGCAUAUAAAGUCUUUGGUUGCUGAAAAGAAAACCGAUGGAUUAUCAAGAAGUGCCAAGGUAUUUUUUGCAUCCGAUUCAAUUUUUGGAGAAAUGGGUGAUGAAGAAUUGAUGCAACAAAUGGCUGGUAAGAAGGAAGAAGUACAAGCACAAGCACAAGACAAUAAGAAGGAUUCUAAGGUUAAGUUGCAAGCUAAGGAUGAUUCUGAUUCCGACUCUGGUGAUGAUUCUGAGUCUGAUUUUGAGAUUGUUCCUGCUGAAAAGGAACUUGAUGAUGAUGAAGAUUCUGAUUCUGAUUCCGACUCCAAUACCAAAUCAUACAAGGGUAAAGAUCAUCAACAAAAGGUUGAUCUUGCCACAGUCGAAGCCAUGACCUUGGCCCAUCAACUUGCAUUAGGACACAAGAAUAAGAGUGAUUUAGUGGACGAAGGUAUCCAUAGAUACUCUUUCAGAGAUCAUGACAACUUGCCUGAAUGGUUUGUGGAUGAAGAAAAGAGACAUUCCAAGAUUACCAAGCCAAUUACCAAGGAAGCCGCACAGGCCAUCAAGGAAAAGCAAAAGCAAUUGAAUGCUAGACCAAUUAAGAAGGUAUUGGAAGCCCAAGGCCGUAAGAAGAUGAGAGCUAUGAGAAGAUUAGAGAAGUUGAAGAAGAAGUCUGACUUGAUUAAUGACAACACAGACAAGUCUGAACGUGACAAGGCUGAAGAAAUUCUGUCCUUGAUGAGAAAGAUGACCAAGAAGCAGAAGCAAAGACCAAAGGCCACUUUGGUUGUUGCUGCCGGUGCCAAUAAGGGUUUGAGUGGUAGACCAAAGGGUGUCAAGGGUAAGUAUAAGAUGGUUGAUGGUGUCAUGAAGAAUGAACAACGAGCCUUGCGUAGAAUUGCAAAGAAGCACAAGAAAUAGAGUAGUAGUAGCAGCAAUUCACAAUACAGAUAAGAACAACGCGUAGAAUUCA